AUGCUAACAGGUGUGAAGAUGUCCGCUCCUCUCUCCGGGUUUGGACGCCGUCCCGCUCUCUGUCCGGUGGGUCUGUGUCCGCAGCUCCGGAGGGGUCCUCCGGUGAGGUGUCCGCCGGGGACUCGGUGGCUGUCACGCGCAGGAGCAGGAGGACACCUGAGACCGCUGGAGGGCGUCCGAGUGUUGGACCUGACCAGAGUUCUGGCGGGCCCCUUCGCCACCAUGAUACUGGGAGAUCUGGGAGCUGAGGUGAUCAAAGUGGAGCGACCAGGCGCAGGCGACGACACCAGAGCCUGGGGUCCUCCGUUUGUCGGAGCAGAGAGCGCCUAUUUCCUCAGCGUCAACCGAAACAAAAAGAGUAUUUCUGUGGACCUGAAGCAUCCCAGAGGAGCGAGCAUCAUUCAGCAGCUUGCAGGAGUGUGUGACGUGCUGGUAGAGAACUACCUGCCAGGGAAACUUCAUCAGAUGGGUUUAGGAUACGAGCAGCUGAGCAGAGUGAACCCUCGUCUCAUCUACUGCUCCAUAUCAGGUUACGGACAGACGGGUCCUCAGUCUCAGAGUCCGGGUUACGACUCCAUCGCCUCCGCCGUGUCGGGAAUGAUGCACAUCACGGGGCGAGGACGGAGAGACCCGGUGCGUCCAGGCGUCGCCAUGACGGACCUGGCGACGGGGCUGUACGCACACGGAGCCGUCAUGGCUGCCCUGCUGCUGCGACAGAAGACGGAGAGGGGAGUUCACAUCGACUGUAACCUGCUGUCCUCACAGGUUUCCUGUCUCAGCCACAUUGCUGCGAACUAUCUGAACGCGGGGAAGGAGGCGAGGCGCUGGGGGACGGCCCACGAGAGCAUCGUACCUUAUCAGGGCUUCAAAACCAAAGACGGACACAUCGUGGUCGCUGCAGGAAACGACAAACAGUUUGUUAAAGUCUGUCAGAUCCUGCAGCUGAUGGAGCUCGCAGACGAACCAAAGUACAAAACCAACAAGCUGAGAGUCCAAAACCGCACAGAGCUGCUGCUGACGCUGUCCCAGAGGUUCCUGCAGGAAAAGACAGCUGAUUGGCUGAGGAGGUUUGAGGGCUCAGGUGUUCCUGUUGGACCAAUCAACAGCAUCCAGGAAGUGUUCUCCGAUCCACAGGUCAGCUCCGUCCGUCCUCAGCUCCAUUCGUCCUCUGCUCUGUCCAUCCUCAGCUUUGUCCGUCCUCAGCUCCUGAGUGACUGA